GCAUUGAAAUGCCUUGAUCAUCUUCCGUGUUUGUUUUGUGCGCAUCAGCCAAGGGUAUUUAAAUACGAGGACAAUGAAAUGUGUUUAGCAGAGCUGUGAGGUCAUGGCAGCUGCCAGCGUGAGCAGACCUGGCGUUGCCCAGACCACUGAAAAGUCCCAGUUGAUCUUGAAAGUGGUUUCAGCAAACCCCAGUCUCCAAGCUGCCAAACCGUCACUCACGUCUUAGCUCCUUUGUCGAGGUGACUGCAGACGGACUGUCCAGUGAAACCAAAAAAACAGGCAAACGCAGCGACACCUCAACUGCAGGGGAAUGAAGACCUCACCCUUAAUGUGACACCCCAGAGUCGUCUGGAUCUGAAGCUGUGGAGCUGCCACACCCUGAGGAAGGAGCUCCUGGGCAGCGCCACCAUAGACCUGCUGGACACACUGCGCACACACCAUGGCAAGAUGGAGAACGUCCAGCUGAGUCUGGUGCUGCAGACGGAGAACAAAGGUUCGGUUGUAGCGGGAGGCGAGCUCAACGUCUGCCUGGACGGCAUGGCUGUUGAUCUGGGCGCUCUGCCCAAUGGCAGCACGGCAGCAGACAAGAUUCUGCAGUCAGAAAGACCCAACCUGAGGAGGACACAGAGCGAGGAGACUCCCAGUACAGCUGGAUCUCAUAGCAGGAGUAACAGGCACUCAGUGGGGGGUUCUCAGGGCGGCUCCCCAGGGGGCUCUCUGACAAACGGGGAGCUGAAUGAGGAGCAGAUCCCUGGGACCGGCUCAUCUAGUCACCAUUGCUCAUCCAAGAGUCACAUCAGCCCGGGAAGCAGCACAGACAAAGUUGAGUUGACAUCUAACGGGCUGGAGAGUAGUCGUGGGGGCGUUGCCCAUCACACACCUCCUCCAUCCUCUCCGUCGUGCCGAUCACCAGCUGCCAUCAGCAGCAGCGGUAGCCCCUCUCCAGGUCAAGACGCCCUGGGCCCGGCCCCGCCGGCGGAGCCCAGCGCCAAUGCCACCUCCAGCACUGAGCAGGCCGGCAACAGCACCACAGAGCCCCCAACAGACUCGCUCCCGGCAGGCUGGGAGCAGAGGGUGUUGCCUCAUGGCAGAGUGUACUAUGUUGACCACAACACCAAAACCACAACCUGGGAGAGACCACUGCCACCAGGCUGGGAGAAGCGAGUGGACCAGCGGGGCAGGUUCUACUACGUGGACCACAACACCAGAACUACCACAUGGCAGAGGCCCACGGCCGAGACCGUGAGGAACUACCAGCAGUGGCAGAGCCAGCGCAGCCAACUGCAGGGCGCCAUGCACCAGUUCAGCCAGCGCUUCCUCUACCAGCCGUCCGGUGCUCCGGUGGAAAAUGAUCCUCUGGGAGGGCUGCCUCCUGGAUGGGAGAAGCGUCAGGACAAUGGCAGAAUUUACUUUGUCAACCACAACACACGAACAACCCAGUGGGAUGAUCCUCGGACCCAAGGGAUGAUCAAGGAGCACCCCCUGCCCCCGGGCUGGGAGAUGAAGUACACCGCCGAGGGAGUCCGAUAUUUUGUGGACCACAACUCGCGCACCACCACCUUUAAAGACCCCCGACCCGGGUUUGAGUCAGGGUCACGGCAGGGCGGCUCACCUGGUGCUUACGACCGUAGCUUCAGGUGGAAGUACCACCAGUUCCGGUUCCUGUGCCACUCCAAUGCCUUGCCCAGCCAUGUAAAGAUCUCGGUCUCCAGACAGACACUGUUUGAGGACUCGUUUCAGCAGAUCAUGAAUGUGAAGCCAUACGACCUUCGCCGCAGACUCUACAUCAUAAUGAGAGGAGAGGAGGGGCUGGACUACGGCGGCAUCGCCAGGGAGUGGUUCUUCCUGCUGUCCCACGAGGUGCUGAACCCAAUGUACUGUUUGUUUGAAUAUGCCGGAAAGAACAACUACUGUCUGCAGAUCAACCCGGCCUCCUCCAUCAACCCCGAUCACCUCACGUACUUCCGCUUCAUCGGACGCUUCAUCGCCAUGGCUUUGUACCAUGGAAAGUUCAUCGACACCGGCUUCACGCUCCCGUUCUACAAGCGAAUGCUGGACAAGAAACCCACGCUCAAAGACCUGGAGUCCAUAGACCCAGAGUUUUAUAACUCCAUCAUGUGGGUGAAAGAGAACAACCUGGAGGAGUGUGGCGUGGAGCUGUAUUUUGCACAGGACAUGGAGAUCCUCGGGAAGGUUUCCACUCACCAGCUGAAAGAUGACGGGGAGAACGAGCUAGUCAACGAGGAGAACAAGGAAGAGUACAUCAGCCUGCUGACGGACUGGAGGUUCACCCGGGGGGUGGAGGAGCAGACCAAAGCCUUCCUGGACGGCUUCAACGAGGUGGUUCCUCUGGAGUGGCUUCGCUACUUUGACGAGAAGGAGCUGGAGUUGAUGCUGUGUGGGAUGCAGGAGAUCGACUUGGCUGACUGGCAGAAGAACACCAUCUAUAGACAUUACACCAAGAACAGCAAGCAGAUCCACUGGUUCUGGCAGGUGGUGAAAGAGAUGGACAACGAGAAGAGAAUCCGUCUGCUUCAGUUUGUGACAGGAACCUGUCGGCUGCCUGUGGGAGGCUUUGCUGAGCUCAUAGGAAGUAACGGUCCCCAGAAGUUCUGCAUAGACAAGGUGGGGAAGGAGACUUGGCUUCCAAGAAGCCACACAUGCUUCAAUCGUCUGGACCUGCCCCCCUACAGGAGCCUGGAGCAGCUCCGAGAGAAACUCCUGUUCGCCAUCGAGGAGACGGAGGGAUUUGGACAGGAGUGACGCAGGAAAUGGGACACAAGGCCGCUAGAAGACAACAGUUAAUUCAAUGGGAUAGUUUUUUUGUUAUGAAUAUUAAUAUUUUGCAUUUGUUUAAUCACAGAGCUGAGAAAUUGUCAGUCAUCUAUAGCCCUCACGCCAUAGUUGUGGACUGAAUUAAGGUGGAGCUUGGAUGUAGAGAGGCAGCAGAACUGUGUGUGUGUGUGUGUGUGUGUGUGUGUGUGUGUGUGUGUGUGUGUGUGUGUGUGUGUGUGUGUGUGUGUGUGUGUGUGUGUGUGUGUGUGUGUGUGUGUGUGUGUGUGUGUGUGUGUGUGUGUGUGUGUGUGUGUGUGUGUGUACCAGUCAGAGUUUUGUGGGCUUGGCAGGAUGGCACAUACAGAGAAUUAUAUUUGACUAGAGCCCCCCCCCGCACAUACACCUCUACUCACGGCUUAGAAACGCACCAAAAACAGACAACAGGAUAGUUUUAAUGUCAGCAGCGACUCACAAAUGCAGUAUAACAUAUCUACCAGAGAGAAAUACUUUUUUUUUUAACAUUUUAAAAGUGAUGAGAGAGAGAGAGAGAGAGCUGGGGAGUGUGAGAAAGAGAGGCAGUGUAUGAGCGCAUGUGUGUGUGUGUCUGUAUACGAGAGACAGAGAACUGUAAUCAUGAACUAGUGCACCUCUGUAACAGAGGCUAGAGAGAUGAGAUGUGAUUUUAUUUUUUAUUUUUCUGUUACUUGUGAAAUCCAGCAUUUUUCUUCUGUACAUAUCUAAAAUAAAUGAGAUUUCAGUCUUGA